CUACUUCAGCUGAGCACAAAAUACAAUACAUGAGUCACUGGCUAACAACACAUGUAUGACACUCAGUCUGUUGUGUCAAUGCGCCACAAAUGUCAUAAUUGUACUUGUAAAAUAGAAUCAUUUGGAACAAGGGAAAUGUAAUGAAGAUAUUUAUCUGUCAAAUACAUGGCCGCAGACCAUUGAAGCAUCAGUAUCAAGUGUAAUUGUUUUUCAUGCAGUUAUGUCUGUUACGACGACAUGCCAUCUGGUAACGUAAUAUGUAUUUGAAUUCUUGGAAACGUUUAAUAAGCUUUUUGAUAAUAAUAGCAGUCUUUUUAAUAUACAGCUCUCUAUGUUUAGAUGAGAACAUUCAAAUCUGCAACGGUCAUACAAGAGUGCGGACACUGGUCCUCCCACUCCACUCCCUGGCAACGGUCAGCUUCUGUGUUUUGUCCCCACUCCCGUUGGAAGAUGUCUAUUUCCUUAACAGCAAGGUCAAACAACUCGGAAACUCGGAGGAUGGUGACGUGUACGUCGCAAGCAAACUGGUCGACCACCAAUCACAGUAUACUAUAACCCUCAACGUCCGGAACAUUACUCUUGCCAACUACAUGGUCUACACAGUUCUACUUCAUGACAACAGCUCGCACCAGUUAAAACUUGAAGUCACUUUCAAACGACCGGGGAUUCACUUCACCAAGGACAGAACCGAUGGUAAUGUCUACGAGAAUCAACACAUCAAACUUCUGUGUGAAAGAAACAGCGAGUUUCAAGAGACUUUGAGUUUGUUUAGAAUGUUUGACAGAAAGGUUCUCAAUACUUUCAAGGACAAGGACAAGUUGGUCUAUGAAAUAGCAAGUACCAAAUGUCAAGACAUGGGCAGAUACAUCUGUGAGACCAAACACGAUAAGAAAUUCUUAGAUCUAGAAAUAUUCAACUGUCCACCAGUAGCCUGUUUUGACAACAUGACAUCAGUGUACACAUCCGACGUAGGUCUCUCUACUACAAUCCAGUUUUGUGUGGUGGCGUUCCCUGGUCUCCUGAAUGUCGCACAGCUAGAUGGCCAGGACUAUGCAUUAGGAAGUCAUUAUCCAAACGUAGCAUUUCAUUUGACUAACGAAGGACUGUAUCACGUGAUCAACAUUACUAUAACGAAUGUCAGUGCUGAUGAUUUAAGAGUACACUACGUACGUGUGGCUACCAAACACGGACGUUAUAACCACACAUUUAAAUUACAGAGAACUGAGCCUCUACGUUUGUUGUUUAUCAACAAGACGAGCCUGCAGUGUGUGUCCUCACAAUACCCCAAGUCUGUCACUCUUUAUAAAUACGACCAGGACCAGGCAUUAAUGAGCAAGUCCGACAAUGCUGCCACUGAAGAAAGUCUAACUCUGACUCACCACCUGUCAUCACGUGACUGUAAUGACAUUGGCACCUACCUGUGUGUGUCUGGGAAUUUUAUAGAUCAAAAGACGUCCAAAACUGUUGACUUUCGUUCGGGCGAAUGUCCACCUAUUCCUUGUUUCAAUUACAACAAGAAACCGGAACUAGAAACGCAUGUAAACAAAUCUCUUGUCUUCCAUUACUGUGUCAUUGACCAGGAAGGAUUACAAGACAGAGUUCUGGUCAACGGAACUACAGUCUUGGCAGACGUGAUGCUCUGGAACAGGGAGGUCAACGUACUGCUGCUACUAAAGAAGAUGGAGAUGUAUCACUAUCUUACAUUUCUGUUUCCGCACAUCCAGAAGUCAAUGUUUGGAGUCUGGAACGUGACAAUUAUGUCUAACUCCACGAGGACAUUAGAACUCUUUCUACAUAUCAUAGAAAAGCAAGAUGGAAACACAAACAGUUAUAGCACAACAGUUCUGGCCACAACGAUAACGUUAGCCAUUCUGCUGGCGCUAGUUAUUGGCUUUGGCGUUUGGUUCAACUUUUUUAAAGGAACUUCAAGGUCAUUUAAGAUUCUCCAGUCUUCCACAACCAGCAGCCGAAUCACUUUGGAUAAAUUGUAGAUGAAGUUGUUGUAAUACAUGAAUCAGAAAAGAAAGAAGAAAACAGAAUACAGCAGAAAUAGUUAUUAGAAUUGGGAUGAUGUUAUUCUCAAUUGAGCCUAUUUUUGCAAAAUCAUUUUAAAUGAUUAGAGAAUGACAAAACAACAACAACAACAACAACAAAACGAUUGUGUGCUGACUAACUAUGAGUAAUAAAAAAUUCGACAUUACCGAAACCAUUCCAUUAUAAGAAUUUAUAAUGUGAGUUUCUUUUCCCUUUCCCACACGCACACAUAUUUCACAGCCACAUAGACAAAACACGCACGUUCCUACAUCUUAACAAAACAACUCUAUACUUGAGCACAACGACACAAACACAGUCCUACCCUCGCACACUCAUAUUAACAACUCUUAACACACACACACACACACCUAGGUAGAUAACCAACGUCAUCCAUUGUUGCAUAAAACUGUUUAAGAGUCACGUGAUCUAGAUGAAACCAAAUUGUGUUCCGUUAGUUAACGUGUUCCUACAGUGUAUUCAUUAUGUGAAAAUAUUAACUAUAGCGUCCGUAAUGUCUGGAUAAAUAGCAUGAUUAGACAUAUGCAUCUUAUUGAAUCUAGUUCAUCUAAACUUUGUAAAACUCACUUGCUUUUGAAAUGGUGAAGAUGAUCAUGAAUAUGUUAUUUUAAUUAGGAUAAAUAAAGUUAAAAAAAAGCUUAAUAUUAAUUACAUACCAAAACUAUCUUAUUAUCGUAUGUGUCCAGACUUUACGACACCCUGUAAAUUGUCGCUAUUGUUAUCGGCUUAAGGUAUGUUUUAUUUAUUUUUUAAAAAUAAAAAUACGAAUAUAUAGCCCAUAUU